GAAGAAAGAAAAAAGCCUUGAAUUCAAGAUUCUCAGUCUUUUUACAGGGCUUCACAGCCUAUCCAGAGCGGGCUUAUCCAUUUUCGCUGUUCUGCCUUCGCUCACCUGGGUUCAAAGUAGGCGCCGCCCCUCCGAGCUUUCAUCUGGGCUCCUAUUGGCUUCUUGGUGGGUCUCUGUUGUGUGAACGUCAAAUGUGCCCCGCAGUGUGAAUGUAUCAAAUUACUGGUAGACUCGCACCAAAAGCACGGGGGCCAUCGCCUCCCACAAUUUUAAACAAGGAUAACACAGCGAAGAUUGAUAAAGGAUACUGCAUUUGUUUUUGUUUUUCACGUAUUUAAAUGUAUAUGGGAGAUUUGGAGACCUCCACAUAGCAAGUGUGCGUUGCCUGGACCAGACGACAAUGAUGCAAAGCGCAGCGGUUUUAGCUUCAGAGACUCCUGUGAAGGGGCUACCGGACAUACUUGGAGUGCCAAUGCAGCAGAUCCCUCAGUGUGCAGGCUGCAACCAGCACAUCCUUGACAAGUUUAUUCUGAAGGUUUUGGACCGGCAUUGGCACACUAAGUGUUUGAAGUGCUCCGAUUGUCAAGGACCGCUGGCAGACAAAUGCUUCUCGCGGAUGGGAAAUGUCUACUGCAAAGAAGAUUUCUUCAAACGUUUUGGAACAAAGUGUGCCUCAUGCCAACAGGGCAUCCCCCCUACGCAGGUGGUAAGGAAAGCCCAAGACUUUGUGUACCACUUGCACUGCUUCUCCUGUGUCAUCUGUAGCCAACAGCUGGCCACGGGCGAUGAGUUCUACCUCAUGGAGGACGGCAGACUGGUGUGCAAAGAAGACUAUGAGACGGCAAAACAAAAUGAUGAUUCAGAAGCAGGAGCAAAACGCCCACGGACAACCAUCACAGCCAAACAGUUAGAAACCCUGAAAAGUGCUUACAAGAACUCCCCAAAACCAGCAAGACAUGUCCGUGAACAGCUGUCGUCUGAGACGGGAUUGGACAUGAGAGUGGUGCAGGUUUGGUUUCAGAACCGCAGAGCCAAGGAGAAGCGUCUGAAGAAGGAUGCGGGCCGCCACCGCUGGGGUCAGUACUACAAGAGCGUCAAGCGCAACAGAGGGAGCAGCAAGAUAGAGAAGGAGAGUUCAGCCGAGGAUGUGGGUUUGAGUGACAGUGAAAUCAGCUUCAGAGAUGAUCAAAUCCUGUCAGACUUGGGCCACAGCAACAGUCUGUAUGCCAGUGUGGGGGACGUGGCUAAUGGGGGCGUGUUGAAUGGAAGAUUCUCAUUAGAUGGAGCCGUGCAGCCUUUCCAUGACGUACGAGCCAGCAGCCCGUACGGGCUCCCCCACUCCCCCUCCUCCAUCAGCUCACUGCCAGGCCAUACCCCACUCCUCAGCAGCCUGGGCUUCUCCAUGGACGCUAUCAUGGCACAGGGGGGCCAGGCUGGGGUUGGGCAAGCUCUGCGAGUCAUGGCUGGUGGGCCGACCUCUGACCUUUCUACAGGGAGCAGCACAGGCUAUCCAGACUUUCCCACCAGUCCCGCCUCCUGGCUGGAUGAAAUGGACCACUCUCAGUUCUGAGCGCUUGAAAGGAAUGCUGCUAAUAAGCUCCAGAUGAUGGACGGUUAUGGACUUUAUAUUAAUAUUUCCCCAGGAAAUCAGACAUAUUUUUUCAGUAAAGAGGACAAGGGAUUGUGCUAAACGUAUCCAACACAAGAACACCUUGUGGUAGAGGCACCCUCUUUCAGGAGAAACUCAGAAGCAGGAUGGACAUCUGAAUUUGAAACAUCUUAUAAAGAAUCACUGGAGAAUAUCCAUAUUAAGACUAUGGAUUUUGUGUUACCGUAAUUUAUUUACAGUUUGGUUUGAAUUCCCAUCUAGAUUUCCACCAAGGCAUCACAUCCUCAUCCGAAGACAAAGUAGAACACAAUCAAACAGAGAAUCCUUUAAAAGGUAUUCCUACAUGUCUCUGAUUGCAGCAGGUUAAUUUUAAUACAACUGCAUUCACUGACAAUGCACUUUAAAUGUGUUGUCUCCAGCUCACUACAGGAUGGCAGGAUGAAUGCACAAUGUGGUCAUUAUGUGGAGAAAAAGAAUCGUGUAAAAGGGAAUAGAAAUGUAUAGUUGUGGC